AAAAUUUAGGUUCACAGUGAAACCCGGUGACAGUACGUGUCAUCGUUUACUUGUUCUUAGUCCAGAUUACAACCCAACCGUCUCCACUCAACUCGCCUAUUCUCCCGUUCAAAAUACCGACCGACCUUUCUUUUUCUUUUGUCCUCUGUUCCGUGCUCUACCCUGGUGACUGCAUACAAGAAGAAGAUGGAUGGCAAGCGUAUGGGUUUGAUCCUCUCCUUCUCCUUCUCCUUCUCCCUGAGUGCAGUAGCUUUUGCGAUCGCGUCAGGAUCGGCUGCUUAUCCUUCUGGCUUCGAUUUUGAUUCUGGUUUGUGCGGAACGACUGUAGAAGGAGGCAGUGCUGGCGGCAGGAGGAUAAUGGACAUAAGCCACGCCAUCAAGGAGGACAUGCCUUCCUGGGACUCCGCCGAUGGCCUGGGUAGCUUCCUGUGGCUGGCCCUCAGCAUGAGGAACGGCUCCCUCGCCAACAACUCCGUCAUGAAGCUCCCCACCCACACCGGCACCCAUGUCGACUCCCCUGCCCAUGUCUUUCAGGAAUACCAUGACGCCGGCUAUGAUGUCGAUACCCUCGACCUCCACACCCUUAACGGUCCUGCUUUACUCGUGGAUGUACCCAGAGAUAAAAACAUAACUGCAAUGGUCAUGGAGUCCCUAAGUAUUCCUAAAGGAGUCAAGCGUGUACUCUUCAGAACUUUGAAUACUGACAGGAAUCUCAUGCUGAAACGAGAGUUCGACACAAGCUAUGUUGGCUUUAUGAAGGAUGGUGCACAGUGGUUGGUAGACAAUACUGAUAUCAAACUUGUUGGGAUUGAUUAUUUGUCAGUUGCUGCAUUUGAUGAUCUGAUUCCUUCACAUUUGGUCCUUCUAAAAAGCAAGGAUAUUAUAUUGGUCGAGGGCCUCAAAUUAGACAAUGUAAAGCCUGGUAUCUACUCAUUGCACUGCUUGCACCUCCGAUUAAUAGGUGCAGAGGGAUCACCAAUACGAUGCAUUCUGAUCGAAUGAGACUCCUAGGAGUGAUAAGUAGUUCAGAGAAAUCAUAUUUAACACGAGCCUCUCUUUGGUGAAACUCCGAUGCUUCUUUAUAGGCUACUGCUAAUUAUUCAUGUUAAAAUAAUUCAUCGUAUACAAAUUUUUCACUUCUGUAUAUAGCAAAAGUAAAUGUCUUUGAUGGUUUGUGAAUUACAAAAGAACGAUUUAAUCAAUUCUAUAAUCAGUAAACUUUUCA